AUGUUCAAGAAGCGGUCAGACUCGCAGCUCGCCGCCCUGGCCUCCGCAAAGUCCUACCUCUCCGCCGUAUCAGAGGCCGACGCCCGCCGUCGCUCCCACGGCGGCACACCCACGGCGACGCCCGCGCUCUCCCUCUCCAGCUCAGUCACGGGCAGCUCAGAGGACAGCGUGCUGGCAGAGCCGGCGUACGACAACGCGGACGGCCUGGCUCUCCCGCCCGUACCGCCCACCUCUGAGCAGGUCUUCCACACUUCCCACUUGGAGUUCGGGCACUCGGCCAACGAGCAGCAUCGCUACACCUCUCAACAUGUUCCUGGCUCAUCUCUCCUGUUCGAGGAGAACGAGCCGCCGUAUUGGGUUCUCAUCACGACCUACAUCUCCUACCUCUUCCUCAUCGUUCUCGGACACGUACGCGACUUCUUCGGCAAGCGUCUCUACCCGGCGUUCUACAAGCACCUUCAACCGUCAGACGGUUACGCCCCAUUAAACUCGGAUUUCGACUCGUUCUAUACCCGUCGCCUCAAGACCCGCCUGGAUGAUUGUUUCUCCGUACCCGUUACUGGCGUUCCCGGACGUACCAUUAUGACUUACGACCGCGACACGACCGAUUAUAACUUGACGUUCACCAUGAACGGCAACAAGACUCGCGGUCUCAACAUCUCGUCAUACAACUACCUCGGUUUUGCCCAGGCUUCCGGCGGAUGCGCAGACGCCGUCGUCGAGUGUCUCCGCCGCUACAACCUCGGCGCCAAUGGCACGCGACUUGAGGGCGGUUCCAGCGACCUCCAUGUCACCGCCGAGGCGCUUGUUGCGCGUUUCGUUGGCCAGGAGGACUCGAUUCUCAGCUCUAUGGGAUUCGCGACCAACUCGACGAUCAUACCCGCAGUCGUCUCCAAGGGCUGCCUGGUCAUUUCCGACGAACUCAACCACGCCUCUAUCCGUUUCGGUGUGCGCCAAUCUGGUGCCAACGUGCGCAUGUACAAGCACAACAACAUGAAGGAGCUCGAAAACGUUCUUCGCGAGGCUAUCAGCCAGGGCCAGCCGAAGACGCACCGUCCGUGGAAGAAGAUCAUGCUCAUCGUUGAAGGCCUCUUCUCUAUGGAGGGCACGCUCGUCGACUUGCCAAAGAUCCUGGAACUCAGGAAGAAGUACAAGUUCUACCUUUGGGUCGACGAGGCUCAUUCCAUUGGCGCUAUCGGCCCGCACGGUCGUGGUGUCGCCGACUACUUCGGUAUCAACCCGCGCGAGAUUGACAUCCUCAUGGGAACGUUCACCAAGUCUUUCGGUGCUGCCGGCGGUUAUAUUUCUGGCAGCAAGGCCUUAAUGGACCGCAUCCGUAUUUCCGGGCACACAGGACCCUACGCUGAGGGCAUGGCUCCUUCGGUCGUCGCCCAGAUCCUCUCGAGUAUGGCUAGCAUCAUGGGUGUCUGGACGCCUCCGGUUUCCGCCAAAGGCGCACCACUCGCUAUCGAGCCGCCCACUCAGCACCCUGGACCCAUGCCUGCCUCCGCAUUGCCGCAAUGGAUGGACCUGCCGCCGCACAUGAAGGAUGGAUCGGAGGGCCGCGCUCGCUUGCGCCGUCUCGCUUUCAACUCGCGUUACCUCUCCGCCGGCUUGACGAAGCUUGGCUUCAUCACCUACGGCCACGCCGACUCGCCCGUCGUUCCAUUGCUCCUCUUCAACCCCGGAAAGAUGGCGGUAUUCCACCGCAUGAUGCGCACGCGCCGCACCCCCAUCUUUGUCGUCGUUGUCGCGUACCCCGCAACGCCCCUCGUCACAUCACGCGUGCGGUUCUGCGUGUCAGCAGCACAUACGAAGGAGGACAUCGACACGGUUCUCCAGGCCUGUGACGAGAUCGGCGAUGUAUUGGACUUGAAGCAUUUGCCGGGCGAGAGGUGGCCGUUGAAGAAGAUCAUGGACAACGCCGUUGAGCUGGUCAACUCCGCGGCCGAGUAG